AUGGCAGAGGAUCAAGGAAUAACUAUCGAACUUAAAGAAAACAAAAACGCAAAUAAUAAAGAUCAUACAUACCAAGCAAAUACUGCUGAUGGUGGGACUGUUACCAUUACUGUCACGAAUUCUAAUGAACCACGUGGAUCUAAUUUCCUCAAAUAUACUCAUACCAAGAAUGGAGGACAACAAUUCACACUUGCAAAAGUACAAGGUGAUGGUAGUCAAAAGAUAGAAGGGAUUCCUCAUAGUGGAUCCGAUAAAAAGGUGACCUCCGUCUCUGCUUAUUACUGGAAACAUGAGAAUAAUGGUGGCCUACCUAAGAAGGCUCUCUUGGUUGAAGUGGCAUAUACUGGCGAUGGAACUAGGUAUUAUAAGAAUGAUAAAGGUAAUGAGUGGGUUGAACACAAUCUCCAAGAUGGUGGGCUUCUCGAGAAAACUCUGUAUGAUCUCAACUGUUACAGAAACAAUGCAGUCACCUUAGAUCUUACCAAAGACGCAUAUGGUACGGGAGGAGGACAACCUUGUUGUGACGGUCAUAAAGGUAGCAGUAGAAUCACUGUUGCUUCUAUACCAGUUAAUCAUAAACAUGUGGGCUCAAAGACUCUUAUGGCCUACAGCUAUACCAUUAGUAGUGAAAAAUUGGCAGCUAUAAAGCUUGCCGAUAGUGGGAAAAAGAAUAGGAAGCGUAUAACUUUAAGUGGACAACAGUUUCCUCUUUCCGGCGUAGAUAGCAUCUCUGCAUUAUACUCCAAUGAUAAAAAGGAACCCAUCUUAGUUUAUCUUAACAAGGGAAAUGGAGACCAAGAUUCUGGAUGGUAUAAGCCUGCUACUAGUGGUGGAGAUACAUGGACAAAAGCUCCUGAGCUCCAAACCGUAUUACCGGAAAAUAUUAAUGACUGCAAACACUGGAAUGCACUUGUUGGCGUACUAAGAAACAGUGGUGGUGACAAUAAUUUGCAAGAAUGUAAAGAAGAUAAACCAGAACUAGAAAAACAAGAAUCACUAGAACAACGUUCUGAAGAGCUUGGUGAAGGACAAGAAUCUGCUAGAGGAUCUCAACAACCUGGAUCUCCUAGUAUAGAUGGUAGUGGAGAUGCUGGUGAUUCUGCUCCUUCUGGAGUUGGUAGUGCUGGUAUUCCUGGACCUCCUAGUGAAGAAGGUAAAGAUGGUGAUAGUGGAGAAUCUGGUAAUCCUCCUACUGAUAAUCAAGGUGAUGGUGCUCCUGCUCCUCAACCUCAACAAGCUACUGGAGGAUCUUCUGGUGGAGGAAGUACUCUUCCUACUUCUGAUCAUACUGAAGCUCAACCUACUUCUCAAACUGUUACUGCUGAAACUACUGUUCCUUCUGGAGAAUCUGCUAGUCAAUCUACUAGUGAAGGUACUCCUAAUACUAAUGCUGAAGUUACUACUGCUGAUAUUCCACCUGUUUAG